CGUGAGUCCCACGGCGGCUCGUUCGAAUUGUUUGCGUCGCCCACUUUGAGAAAGUGAACCAAUGUACUCUGGUGUCUUGCUUCUUUAUUGGUAGUAGAUCCAAGGCGAGCUCGAGGCUGCUAUUUAUUUGCAAUAGGUCAUUUCUGAUUGAUAUAAAGAAUAACAAUGGAACAGGACGGACCGACCAAUUUCAAAGCUCUGAGGGCCAAGUUCCAGGAGGAGGCUGCCCUGGCUCAAGCCAGGAACAGCCGACCCACGAUCGCCGAGAAGCCGCGAAACGUCCACCCGCCCAGCGGCCAAUGCUCCUCCGUCCCCCCGCCCGGCGGCCACUGCCGCUCCGUCCUGACCGAGCUCCAUAGCGCGGCAGAAAACGGAACGCAGGCGGUUCCCAGGGUAAUCUUCAGAAGCGAAUUGAGGGCCUCUGGCGGCAUGCGUCCCAUUUCUUUCCCUCCCCAAACGUCCCUUCGGACACGAACCAGGAAUGGGGACGAUAACAUGCCACCACCAACAGCAGCGAGGCAUUCUGUCCUGGAGGGGCACUUGCCCUUGGUCCUUCCCCCACCCCCAACCCCUAUGAAGGAACAUCAGCUACACCCAGUGGGAUCCACUAAGGAACCUAAGCAGCUGAUGGAACCACCACUUGAGACCCUGCCCUCCACCAGGACGAAGAGAAAAGGCUUGCUUCUCCCCUUCAAAGCUUCUAAAUCAUCAAAGGGCCUCACAGCAGGUGAAGAGUGUGCCCCAGCUGCCUCACUGACCAACAGCAGACCUGGUAGCGUCCCCGGUGAGCUGCCCUCCCUCCAGGGACAGGAUGAGGCCCCGUGUCCCCGAGGGGCAGACGGUCAGCUACCCAGCCCGGACGUAACCCCCCCCUCCCGGGACACCAGCGGCGACUCGGACAGCCGCAUCAUGAGCACCUUAGAGAGGGCCAAGAGGAAGUUCUCUCGCAAACACAUGCUGCUGUCCUGCAAGGCCAGUAGUCUGCCCUCCACUGACGAGGCCACCCCCGCCACCACCACUGCCCGCGCCACCUGGGGUAAGACGGCGUCUAUGUUGUCGAAGGCCGUAGCGACCAGCGAGGCGAAUUUCCCAGUUCCAUCCCCGGUGUGUCUGCCAGACUUGGCGUGCGUCUCUGCCCGACCUUUCUUCAAAGUGGGCACCACCUCGCACAAGACGGGCUUUGACCAGCAGCUGUGCAGGGACAGAUAUGGAUUACCUCGUGGGAGAGCGGACGGACCGCCCCAGCCGCCUGCUCCCCCCAGGAGGUCUCUCCUGGACGCGGCCGUGCUGGGGCCGGUGCCUGCUAAGCCACCCAGGCCGCCAUGCGUAGACCUGGGCUUCUACUUCCCAGCCCGGGAUCUGAGCCCGCCCCCUGUCGAAGACCUCGUACACUACCAAUCGACAGCCAACGCCACCCUGCUGGACGCGCCGGACUUCCCCGACUUUGACCACUCGGUCAGCAGAGCGCCAGACGCCCACCACCCCAUCGACAUCGCCUCCCUAGAGGUGGAGGUCUUCGAAUUCGUCGACUUUGACCUCCCGCCCCCGGUAGACCCUGAGCUGUAUUUCGAGGCUCUGCUGGAGUGUGAGCCUGCAGACCCUUUGACCUUUGACCUCCAGGCUCUCAACCUGGAUAGCCAGGAGGACUCUGUGACGCAGGAGCCAUCCAGCCUCCCUGAAGCCCCAGAGAGCUGGUGCGGUCAGGGCCGUAUGGGGACCCCUGAACCGCCUCCAGUGCCCGAGCACGGCUCCACUGCUGCGGGGGAGGCACAUCCCGGGGCUUCUGAGGCGGGCUCCUCCCCAGAGGAGGCAGUCCGAGCCCGACAUGCAGCUCUGGCAAACUGGAUCGAAUCACAGCCCAGCUCCCCCCAGCUGGACGGUUAUCAUGGCACCUGUGAAAACCUGUAUGAAGACGUGGAGACCAUCAACGGAUACCUCAGCGGCCAGAACUCAAGGACACUAAAGGAACAUAAAGGCGGACCCAAGAAUCCAUAUGCUGACGGCAAUCAAGUGAAGGAGGAAUCCCGCCUUAACAUAUGGCCUCGCAAUCCAUGGGGCAGCCGUCCAGGAGAGCACAGCCAUGCAGUCCAUCCUCAUUUCCACAGAGAUCGCCAGAGCCCCGACCACAACGAGCACAAGGAGCAGAAGAAGAGGGAGAGGCAGCGGCAGGAGAAGGAGAAGAAGGAACAGAAGGAGAAGGAGAAGAGGGAGACCGAAAUGAAAAAGAAGUUCAAGGUGACGGGUGUGGAGGAGCCUCUGUACCACGCCAAAGUGAUGGUGGCCAGCAAGGUGCAUAAAAAGAACGACCUGACGGUCACCAGCGGAGACAUGGUCAGCAUCAUCCGCACCAACAGCUGUCCCAAAGGACGCUGGCUCGCCCGCGACGCCAACCUAAAGUAUGGCUACAUCUCCGUGAUGAACGUGGAGCUCAACAUCCAGGAGAUGCUGGAGCUGGGCAAGACGGCCCAGGCGGCCCGGAGAGAAGGCAACAUGGAGGCGGACACCAUCAGCAUCGGGAGCAGGUCUUCUAAUUACCCGGUUCUCACCAGCAGCUUCACAGAUGAUAGCGAGGAAUGGGCGUGUGAAGAUGAGACACUUUCCCGCUCCAAUGAGAGCCACUUCCAUCAGCAGACCACUCUGCCAGAGAUGAUGUGCAGCCACCCUAGUGCCCUACACACACUCAGCGAUGCCAACCUUGAAGACCUGCACACACAGACCCGACACGAAGCUCUCCAGAAACUGGCCACCUUCUUCCAGCAAAACAAGGAAGACUAUGGAAUCGUCAAAGGGAAUGGUGGAGAAACUCCUACCAAUGUGGAUCAACCAAGUAAGUCUGCUCUGACUGGCCUCUCCCCAUAUCACUCGUCAUUACUUUUAAUUGACUUACCCCACACUUCGACCGUAAUGUUGCUGUCUGUUGGGUGUCGAGUGGGAUGAACAUGUAGUUGACUUAUUGCGUGUUAACGGCUCGACCGCAGCAGCAACUGCUGUGUUAACCGAAGGUGCUUUUGGGGGCGGCCUGUGGCUCACGAGGUGCGAGGGGUCUUGGAGCGAGACGCCUCACCCUCACUUCUCCUGACGAGAUGGCUGUCGCCCUGCAUGGCUGACACCGCCGUCGGUGUGGUGAAUGUGUGCAUGAAUGGGUGAAUGUUAGGCAAUAUUUUAAAGCGCUUUGAUUGGCCGCUGGUUAGAAAAGCGCUGUAUCAAAUGCCGUCUAUUUAUCCGUUGUGUAUUCUCAGGCUUCCUGUCUGCGGUUGAGGAGCCCCCCUAUCUGUGAGUGUUGACACGCGUACGCACAAACCUUCUGGGAAGGGAUCAUAAUCAUGACUCCUUCCCCUUCCCAAAUGUCGCCAGACUCCCUGAGUUGUCUGGAAGUCUGUUUGAAUUGGAUGAGUAACUAAUGUUUUUCCCGUCCAUCUUAUGAAGAAGUUAUUGGGAAGCCAGGUCACAAUAUGAAGUCAGGAUUGGGUACAAAAGGAACCCAACCUUAUCAAAGGAAAUUGGAUUGAGUAUUUAGUAAAAAAACGAAACAUUCUGAGCUUUGGCCCAUUUCUGAUCAUCCUUAAAUAAUCUCGACGGUGAAUUUAAGAUGACAGUUGCUGUCCUCCCUGAAUACAUCACCGUGUAUUUUCAUGUUUUCGGUCGGCAGUGAACAGGAAAUGGAUUUCGCCCACCUGGAGUUGCUACCCCCACCCCCCCUGUAUGCAGACACUGUUUGACCCCAACCACCCCCUCCACCACCGCUUCAACUGUCAAUGUGAGUCAGGACUACAGCUGUAUUACCGGACUGAACAGCCUCAUUACAACCAUUCAUGAAAUGUGUUUUCUGUCUCGUUCCUCCACAGCCCCACAGAGGGGCAUGAAGCUCACCUCCCUCAAUGUGUUUGUGCUGAUAGGUUUUCACCCUCACCUAUAAUGGAAGUUUACACCAUUUUUAUUUUUUUCUGAUUAUAUUCUAUAUGUGGUAAUCAUGUUUUUGUUUCUGUUGAAUGGUUUGAAAAUGCACUUAAAUGAAUUGUUUUGCCUCUGCUGAAGAGUAAUGUGUGCAAAAAAAAAGGCACUCAAUUAUUCACUCCUAGUUGCUUUGAAUUGAUUGACACGGUUAUUGUUGAUAUCGGGUGUUUGUAUGUUUUUUUUUAUGUACAACUUGAGUUUACAGAAUUUAUUUUAUUCUGUUUCAUGUAUAAUAAAUGUUUAAGGCUG